AUGGACGCACAGAACUUAGCGAAUGCACAGCAACCUGGACAACCAAACCCAGAGAAUAUUCCAAAUGAAGUUAGAAUACAAACUGCAAUGGCAAACUAUGGUCAAGUGCCAACAGAUGUACAAAUGCAAACUGCCAUGUCAAAUGACGCUGCGUUAGGUUUGCCACCAUGGUAUGCAAAUAUGAGAUGGAAAGAGUUUUAUACAAACCCUGAAGUGGGAUAUAAACAACUUUAUGCAGAUGACGCGAACACAGGAGUUGACCCAGAAUAUGUUUUCUACCAGAGGAGAAACAGAUGUAUGAGCUCCAGUUAA